AUGCCCCUUAGCCUCCAGGAGGCUUCGAUUCUCGAGGACCUGUUGUUUGUCUUCAUGGGCUACGAAGGUCAAUAUAUCAGGUUCCGUAGUGACUAUAAUCCAGCCUCCGAAAGCGACCGGCUCGCGGGGCCGCAAUUCAAGAUUCUGCCUGGAUUGGAUCCCUCUUUACGAGACCUCGCCAACACAAUGUUAAAAAUGGCCACUCAUUAUGGCGCUGUGGAAGCCUUCGCGGAAGUUCACUCACGGGAAGAGUUCGGUGCCGUAAACCAUGCUCUCUGUGCCUCCAUCCGCAAGCUCCUAAAGGAAUAUCUUGUCUUAAUUGCCCAGCUUGAACAUCAGUUCCUCACCAGUCCUUCAUUCACAUUACAUGUUUUACACCUGCGUACAUUGCCGACAAGCCACAUGAUGUUUCAAUUAUACUCCCUUGCACGCGAAAUGCUUCGACGCAAUUCAAUGUUGGAAGACGAUCUCGAAGAUUCAGUCGACGAUCUUGAUGAUAUGGAGAAUAUACUCGAAUCACUACGAGAAGGUGGCGACAUUGCAGGCAGUGGAGGAGUUCCUGGUUCCAGGAUUUGUAAAGGCGGCUCUGUGUUGGGACUUUUAACACUCCGGUUGGCCUCUAUGGCUGGGGAUCCCGCCGCAAGGUCGCUGCUAAGUUUACUUCUCCGCGAGGCUUCCGGGCCGUAUAUGAACAUGCUUAAUGAAUGGCUUCAUCAUGGAAUGAUCAGAGACCCGCAUGCUGAGUUCCUAAUCAAGGAGCAAAAAAGCAUACGACGCGAGAGACUCGAAGAAGACUAUACAGAUGAAUACUGGGAGAAGAGGUAUACAAUCAGGGAUGGCGAUGUUCCCCCACAGCUUGAAGGUGUCAAAGAGAAGGUCUUACUGGCUGGUAAAUAUCUCAAUGUGGUCAGAGAAUGCGGGGGGGUAGACGUAAGUAAAGACGUUGGGGAUGUACCCAAAAGUUUCGAAGACAUCCGAUUUCUAGACAAUGUGAACUCGGCAUACGCUCACGCCAACGAAUCUUUGCUCAACUUGCUGCUGACAACACACGCUUUGCCUGCCCGGCUGCGCUCCUUAAAACACUACUUUUUCCUGGAUCGAUCGGACUUUUUUUCGUAUUUUUUGGAACUUGGUGCUACCGAACUCCAGAAACAGGCAAAAAAAGUUAAUGUUGGAAAACUCCAGUCACUGUUAGAUCUCGCUCUUCGCCAACCGGGUUCUAUUGCUGCCAGUGAUCCCUUCAAAGAGGAUGUAAAGGUUCAGAUGAAUGAAGUUGGGCUCACUAAAUGGCUCAUGCGGGUGGUUUCCGUGAGUGGGAUCGAUGAGGGCGCAACGACCUUUGAGGAGUCACAUCGGACCCCAGCAAUUUCUUCCAUCGAUGAUGAUAAAUCGGUUAUCGGCUUCAAUGCCCUAGAACUCGAUUAUAGUGUACCUUUCCCCUUGUCUCUUGUCAUAUCCCGCAAGACUGUCCUUCGCUAUCAACUCUUAUUUCGCUAUCUACUCUCUCUUCGUCACCUUGAGACCCUCUUGGUCCAGGCUUGGCAGGAUCAUAACACAUCGUACACCUGGAAGCAUAAGUCCAAGUAUCCCCAAGUAGAGCUGUGGAAACGCAGGGCUUGGACACUCAGGGCUAGGAUGCUAGUAUUUGUCCAACAAUUACUCUACUUUUGCACAAGCGAGGUUGUUGAACCAAAUUGGAAUGGACUCAUGAAGCGUCUGGGAGAGGUCCGGACCGUUGAUGAGCUCAUGCAAGAUCACGUGGAUUUUCUUGAUACAUGUUUGAAAGAGUGUAUGUUGACGAACUCCAAACUGCUCAAGAUACACGCAAAAAUAAUGAUGACAUGCACGAUGUUUGCCUCUUAUACCUCUCACCUGUCAAAGGCGCUCAUUACUGCCGAUCCAGACCUUGCUUCCCCAUCUGCCAAGUAUCUGGGUGACGAACAUGCUGCGUUUGACCAAGUCAGGUUAGACAAGCUUAGCGACAACUUGUCCAAAUACGAGGAGAACUUUUCUAGGCAUCUCAAGAUAUUGCUGGACGCCCUAAAUUACUACGCUGCUACAGAGACGGUGGUACUGUUAGGCCUCUGCGCCAGGCUAAGCACUGCGAGCAACGAUGCGGAAACUCAUGGGCGCAGGAUACUCAGCUACGAAGAGGGGAUUCUGACAAACCCUGUUGUUCCUCCUACACCUCGUUGUGCAAAUCCAGAACUCUCGAAACUCCUCCAAUUGUAG